GAGUUAAUUGACAGCUACAUAACCUUAAAGUCCACAUAAACAUAACCUAACAUUUUUAUAAAAUAAAGUAAAUUAUUUAAAAUGUUAAUCAACGAUGAAUUAAAAUCGAAACAAUUAUCAUCAAAACAAUCAGCAACGAGUUCAAAUAACGCAAAGAAACGUAAAAAACGUGAUUCGGCUUCAAGUGAUGAAGAACGAUGGUUAACAGCGAUAGAAUCGGGGAAAUUAGAAGACGUAGACGACGAAUUGAAAAAGAUCAAACCAAAGGAUCCCGCUUUGAUGACAGCUCGACAAAGGGCGAUGUACGAUAGAGGAUUAGAAACGUCUUCCGGAGGUACUCCCACGUUAAUGUCUCUACCAACAGGUUAUAAAGAAAAAGUCAUGACUGCGGAAGCUAUUCAAAAAGCCGCUAUAAAAUCACAAAAACGGAAACAAAUGGCAGAUGAAAAGCGAGAAAAAGACAAAAAGAAAACUAUGGAACGGCUGUUAAAAAAGCAAGAAUCGAAAGUUGCUAAAUCCGUUAAAGCGAAAACAAGUAAAACUAGCGCUCCAGUUGUUAUUUAUAGGCAAAAUGUAUUUGGGAGAACCUUAACAUUUCCAGAAAAUAUGGAUUUUCCUUUAAAAGACUGUAGAAUUAAGGAACCACCCAAACCCGUACUUUGCUCAAUGAACUGUGGUGGGUUAAAAAGGUAUAGUUGUUCAAAAACGGGCGUUCCUCUAUGUAGUUUUGAGUGUUAUAAAUCAAAUUUGAAGAAAAGCUCAUUUUAAUGUGAGUUGAAUUAAAGAUAAAAUUAAUAAAUUAAGCGCCAUCUAUAGGGACUAACCUUAACCGUAAAGAUUAAACGAAUUUAUUGAUUCCGUAUUAUUUUUAGUUUUUUAUCUUAACUUUUAAUUUAAUCAUUUUUUAAACAUUUUUGUCUGGAUGAUGUAGUUUUAUUAAUUUUAUUGUUAAUUAAAGAUGUUAAUUUAAAUUUGGCGGUUAUUUUAUUGACUCGUAAAGCGCCAUCUAUUAUGAACAACCUUAAUUGAAGCUAUUAUCGAGCGGGAAGCAGCUGCGUCAUUACGCCAUUUUGUGUAGAGAUUAUUUUUAAUUAGUUUCAAUAAUUAAUUUUUAAUUCUUCUUAUUACGCCUUCUACGCGCGGUUUAAUCGAUGUUUAUCAAUAAAAAACAAUAAACAAGAAAAAUUUGCGAUUAA